AUGGGCUUGGAUGGUGGAUUAGUUGUGGUUGCUGUAGAUUGCAUUGUUGGUGAUGGUGUGGGAGCUGCUAAUAUGCAAGGUGAGUCUUUGUUGGUUGGCAAUUGUAGUGUCAAUGCCCCUGCCGGUGUUGCUUGCGAUCUGUCACUGGCAAGCUCCUACGCCGCAAGAGCCGACGGCGGAGGAUCAGGAGGAGGCAGUGGGACUGGGACCGCAAGCGGCACCACCCCAGCCAAAGCCGCCGGGGGCACUGACGAAGGAACCACCGACGGCAGGAGCAAAGGUGGCGACACAAACCGGCCCGAUGAGCCACCACGCCCACCCUCCCCCACCACCGCCACCAGCGACGGCGGAGCAAGCACAGUCUGUGAGCCAGGAUCCGCAAGUUGUGUAGGUAACGUUGUUUUCUAG